ACAUUUGUCAUAUAACAUUUUUGUCCUGUUUUUACUCACAAUAAUUUUGUUUUAUAUUCCAUAGCACAACUGGCAGUCAACAUGAAACUUCAACUCUUCGCCCUUGUCUUGCUCGUAGCGGGCACUUAUGCCUUUCCCUCAUUAGAGAACAGCUAUUUUGACGAUGAGCCGAGCCAAAGAAAUCCUGCAGAAGAUAGAGUUCGAAACAUGAUUGAGAGAAUUAUUAAAAGAAUUCAAAGUGCCGGUGUCGAUCCAUUGAACGUAGAAAAGAGAGAAUUCUCUCUUGACCCACCUUUUCUAGACAUAAGACUAAUAGGGGUCAUUGAAAAGCUACAUUUCUCUGGUUUGAGUGACAUCCGCAUAAACCACCUAGAAUACAGCUACAUCUUCAACAGAUUGCGCAUUGAUGUAUCUAUUCCUGAAAUGAAAGUUUCGAUUGGUAACAGCAACUUCCAAGGUAUUAUAGCUGGAAAUGCAGUUAAAGGAGAAUUGAGUGGCAGUCUGUCCAUCAACGAAUUGCGCAUCCAAGGUGUUGUCUACGUUGAUGUCAAUAUCAUCGGACAGCUCUACAUACGCAGUAUUUCAUUAGACUCGAGCCUGAAAGGCAUUGAGGCCGACUUAAAAGCUAUGGCUCAAGGAGUUGACCGUACUGAAUACGUGAACAAUCUCUUCAACGUGAGAAUCCCUGCCUUCCUCGAGAACAACAAGGAUGACAUCGACAGAAUUCUUGGGGGUGUUGUUAAAACCAUUCUCGAGUAUUUCUGGAGCAAUUAAAAGACAAAUAGUCACGUUUCUUUGAGGUAUCAAAAACUUUCCGAGAAAAUAAGUUAUUUUUAUAAAUUAUUUUGUCUUUGGAGAUUUGACAAAGAUUAAAAUGUUUUGGCACUA